UCCUGAAUUCAAGCCAACUGGUCACAUUUGCCAUUAGUCACUUUUUUACACAAUAAACGUAAAUUAAUCAAGUUACUAGUUCUUUUUGCCGUUUAAAGCAAGACAGAAGAAAGUAUAGCAGCGAGAAAGAUAUUAAGAAAUCGGGAUAAUCAUUUCCGAAGGCAAUAGCAACUCGAAAACCUUUUUUUAGGCGGCGUGACGCACCGAAAAUCGAUUGGACAGGAAAAACAAUAGGGGAAACCAGACAAAGAUUGUACUGAUUUAGAUUUUAUUGACCCCGAAGCAGCGGAGAUUGUUUUUAGGUAGCUGCGCGUUUGUUUGGUCAUAAAGAUGGGAAUCUUUGGGCAGUCGUCGCCAUUCGAUGCCGAUGUGGAAAAAGCCACCAGUGAGACCAACACCAAUGAUAACUGGUCUUUGAUCCUGGAUGUGUGUGAUAAGGUUACUACUAAUCCCCGUUUGGCAAAAGAUUGCUUGAAAGCGGUAAUGCGCCGAAUGGGACACACCGAUCCUCAUGUGGUGAUGCAGGCUAUUACUCUACUGGAUGCUUUGUCCAACAACUGCGGAAAACCUCUUCACCUAGAGGUGGCUUCCAGGGAUUUCGAGACCGAGUUCCGUCGACUGUUGGCCAAAGCACAACCCAAGGUUUCCGUGAAAAUGCGACAAGUGCUCAAGAACUGGGCUGAAAACGACUACAAGAACGACCGGGAGUUGGACUUGAUACCCGCUCUCUAUGCCACGCUGCGCCAAGAGGGCUACGACUUCAAGAACCUAGGCGAUAAGGCCAGCAAGACGGUCGCUGAGAAGGCAGCCGCCCUUCCCAAGGAUCCGAAUGUGGUGAGCAGCCAGCAGGAGGAGGACGACAUUGCCAAGGCCAUCGAAUUGUCGCUGAAGGAGAACAAGGGCAGUCCGAAAACGGGAAGUGCUGCUAGUGCCGGUACCACCAGUGCCUAUCCUUCGUUGUAUCCCUCUUUCGGUGGCGCUGGAACCUCCAGUGCACCCGAGGCAAACCCCACUCCUGCUCCGGAACCGAGAAAGGUACGCGCCCUGUACGACUUCGAGGCGGCGGAGGAGAACGAACUGACCUUCUUUUCGGGCGAGAUCAUCCAUGUGCUGGACGACAGCGAUCCCAACUGGUGGAAGGGCUACAAUCAGCGCGGCGAGGGUCUCUUCCCCUCGAACUUUGUCACUGCCGAUCUGUCUGUGGAUCCCGAGCGCCUGGACAUCAAUCAGCAGCAUAAGACAGCCGCUGCCGGAGGGCAAAAGGAACUGGACUCCGCUGCGGCGCUGCAGCAAAAGACUGAAGCGGCAGCUGCUGCCGCCGCUGCUCAGCCCGUGCAGAUCGACGAGUCGAAGAUCGAUCGACUGCUGCAUCUGCUGCACGAGGCCAAUCCCGAGGAUCCCUCGCAAGAUAGUGAUGAGAUGCUGCAACUGGAGCAGGAGGUCCACCAGAUGGGUCCGCUGAUUGAUGCGGAGUUGGAGCGAGUGGAUCGCAAGCACGCCCAGUUGACGCAACUGUCCAGUGACCUCGUGGAUGCCAUUAAUCUCUACCAUACCUUGAUGCGCGACGAUCGUGUGGCGGCUGGUCAGUUCGCCGCUGCUGGUGGAUUCAUGCCCGGACUGGCUGGCUUUCCGGGUGCCGCUCUGUACGGAGCUCCAGGUUAUCCCGCAGCUGGUGGCUUUCCUCCGGCCCAAAACUAUCCGGGAAUGCAUUCGCUGCCCUAUGGCGCCGUUCAAAAUCCUCCCGCUGGUGCUCCAUCGCAGGCCCCUGGAGCUCCCGGUGGCUAUCUGGGUCAACCGCAGAGUCAAGUGCCACUGCCCUAUCAGAAUGGACAUGCGGCACAGAUGAAUUCGCUGCCACCUCAUUUGGCUCAGCCGGCUGCCCCUGGACAAGUUCCCCAAUCUAUUUACAACUCUCAGCCCACUCCUGUGACCACCCAGCAGCAGCAGCAGCAGCAACCGCUGGCCCAGCCAACACCACAGCAUCCCCAGCAGGCACCGCAGCAUCCCCAGAACAGCUACCACAUCGACCCCCAGUCGCAGUACGCGCAAGUUCCGCCCGCAGUAACGCAACUCCAGCAGUCGCAACAGCCGCCAGCUCCCCACGUUUACAUGUCGCCGCAGCACCAGCAGCCGCCGCCUCCGCAGGGAUACCAACCAGGACCAAAUCUGUAUGCGCCAAACGGAUCGCCGGCCGUCAAUCCGCAAAGUUACAUGUCGCCACAGCCGCCGCAGCAUCAGCAGCCCCAGGCACCGCAGCAGCACCCACCACACGAUCAGUUUAGUCAGCUGCACCAGCAAAUGGCGGCCAUGUCGAUGGCCGGAGGCCCGCCCGUUGGCGCUCCUGGCUACCACAUGCAGAACGAUGCUGUCAAGAACAACAUUCCAAUCUACCAGCAGCAGCGGUAAAACCGCUGGAUUUAAAUAGAGCCCUUCACCUGGUUUGCUUAGUUUGCCCAAACCGAACUAUGUGUCCUAAUUUGUCGAAAAAGAUGCAAAAUGUAUGUUAAUUUCGGAUAACUUUCUCAUGAACGGAAGUUGUCACAUCUCUACUUUGUAUAUUUAAUGAGGGGCAAACAAAAAGCAAUUUUCAGGAACCAAAAAUUUUGUUAAUCCUUUAAAAAGAAUGAAAGAAGCCAAAUUAAUUUAAAAAGUGUACCCUCACAUUUUUCGUUUUUUAUUUGUAAUAACAUUUGAUUUUGGCCAAAACGUUUUGCAUCCAAACAAUGUAUUUUUAUGGAAGAAAGGGAAACGAGUCAAAAACGAUAUAUACCAUAUAAAUAUUCUAUAUUCAACGCCCUGUAUAACUUUGUAUUUAGUGAAGGAGAGAUAACUAUUAUGUAUUAUGUUUAUUGUACGGUUUAUGAUAUGAUAAAAAUAACGAAACGAAUCACAUUCAUUAAAAUCAUAAAAAUAUACUAAGAAA